CAAUAAUAUUACAUGAAACCGACCACUUUUUUCCAUGCUCAAAUCAAAUAAUGUAAUGCUUUGCUUUGUACUGUAGUUGACUUGACGUCAAUAUCUUUGUACCUUUGUUCUGUAGUGUUCUUUGCUUUACACUAUACUAUAAUUAUAAUAACCAUUCCACACCACUUUUAUUAAUAUCAACCCUUGUUUCUCCCUUAGUUAUGAGUUUCUUGUGUACGUCAUGUUACUUUGUGACCGUAAAUUAAGGUUCCAUUAAAUUAAUAUACUAGGAGAAUCUUCUUUUCACUUUCAUCACUAGUACUAUGAAACUAUGGUAUACCUUAUGAGCAAGUUUUGUGUUAACUAUUUAGUUUCUUCAGGUCUAAGUAAUUCUUUAUAUUUUCUCUUGUCCUUGUGUUUUGGUUAUUUAGCAUGUAUAAAAAGAAGCCUUGAGGGACAUUGUUGCUCCAUGCUUUGGAGACUGUCUUGUUUAGAAAGAAGUGGUCUUAAAAAUAGAGAAAGGUAUGGAGAGGAGUUUUAAUGCUAAGAGGGAGGAAAUUGAUCUUGCAAGUUUGGUAGAAAUUGUAUUUUCUUGGAGUUUCAACGAUGUUCGCAACGAAAACCUCAAGAACAAGGUGCAAAAGAUCCCACAAACAUUCAUGUCAGUAACAGAUUACUUAAGCUCAUUCACUCCUUCAUUGAUUGAAGAAACUCACAGUGAUCUCGCUUCAAGCUUGUAUGGCGUGCAACGCGCACCUUUUUGUGAGGUAUUGACAGCUGAACCUGAAAGAUCCAAAAGCUACAUACCAACCAAGUUCUUGCUGUAUCAAAUCUCGGUGAACAGAACUAAUAACGAUACAAAAGAUGUUGGAACAUAUGAACCAGAAGUUGGAGAUCUCAUUGCGUUGACAGACUUCAAACCGAAAACUGUGGAAGACUUAAACCGGCCUAGAAGAUAUUAUCACAUUGCUUAUGUUUAUGGGUCAAAAGAAAGUACAGGCAAGAUCUCAGUUUUGUCUUCUAAAUGCAUUGAUAUGGAUAUUAACUCUAAUUACUUGGGGAGCAACAAUACACCAAAGCUUUAUGCUAUCUACCUUUUGAAUCUGACAACAAAUAUUCGUGUUUGGAAAGCCUUGAACUCGGAGUUGGAAGGUGCAAACACGAAUAUGAUUAAAAAGGUGCUGCAAGCUAAUUCAAAUAAUGCAGAAAACUGUCAACUUUGCAUUUCCGGAGAAAACCAUAUUGCAGCUUGUUCUAGAAUACAAAGCAUGAUCCAAUCUCAGAAUCUGAAUGAAUCCCAAAAAGAUGCAGUUUUAAGCUGUGUUUCCAUGAGUGAAUGUCAUCACAGUGACACUAUUAAACUCAUUUGGGGUCCACCAGGGACUGGCAAAACAAAGACAGUGGCCUCCUUGUUAUUUUCCCUGCUCAAGUUUAAAACCAGAACAUUGACAUGUGCUCCGACUAAUACUGCUGUGUUGGAAGUGGCUGCUCGCCUGCAGAAUUUAGUUAAGAAGUCACUUGAGCAUAAUUCCGAAACAUAUGGUUUUGGUGACAUAGUGGUAUUCGGAAACAGAUCUCGAAUGAAAGUAGACGAUUACCGUUGUCUCCAGGAUAUCUUUCUUGAUUAUCGCGCAAGUAAUCUUUUGAAGUGUUUUGCUUCAUCCACUGGAUGGAAACAUCAGUUAGAAUCAAUGAUCAUGUUGCUCGAGGACCCCUCAAAGCAAUUUGGUUUGUAUAAGCUUCGUGUAGAAGCUGAUAUUCUGUCAUUAGAACAAUUUGCAGAGCAAAAACAGAGUGAUAUAGAACUUGAAUAUAGUUCAUCUAAGCAAGAUGAGAAGGUUAAUGAUCCUAUGACAUUAGAACAAUUUAAGAAGGAAUACCUUUCCUAUAAGGAAAAUAAAAAGAAUAGUGUCAUGACAUUGGAACAAUUUGUUAAGCAGAGAUUCAGUUACAUGGGAGCUGAGCUCAAGGUAUGCAUGCAAACCUUGUAUACACACCUACCAACAUCUUUAGUUCCAUUUGAGGAGAUGAAGAAAAUUCCUAUAGCUAUUGAUUUGCUAACAUCUCUUGAAAGCUCCUUGAGUAAAGCCAAGUUGAAACAAGCUCUCGACAACCAUGCAGACGGAGAAAGCAUUUUUAACUCGCUUGGAGGGUUAAACAUCAAAAGAGAAGAGUGCCUUUGUUUACUAAGAUCACUUCUUGAGACAGUUUCACUUCCAAAAGUUACCGACAAAUAUGGAAUUGAAAAAUUGUGCUUGAUGAAUGCACGCCUGAUUUUCUGUACUGCAUCAAGUUCUACUAGACUUUUUGCAGAAGGAAUGACACCGAUACAAUUUCUAGUUAUUGAUGAGGCAGCUCAGCUAAAAGAAUGUGAAUCAGCUAUUCCAUUGCAGCUUCCAGGUCUCCACCAUGCUAUUCUCAUAGGUGAUGAGAGACAACUUCCUGCAGUAGUCAAAAGCAAGGUUACUGAAGAGGCUGGAUAUGGAAGAAGUUUGUUUGAGAGGUUGGUAUUGUUGGGAUACAAGAAGCAUCUUCUUAACACUCAGUAUAGGAUGCAUCCAUCCAUCAGCUUAUUCCCAAAUAAAGAAUUCUAUGAUGAGCAACUUGUUGAUGCCCCUAUUGUAAAAGAAAUGGAAUAUAAUAGGUGUUUCCUUGAAGGAAAAAUGUAUGCUUCAUUUUCUUUUAUAAACAUAGCUAAGGGUAAAGAGCAACGAGGUCGUGGACAUAGUUCGAAAAAUAUAGUUGAGGCUGCUGCUAUAUCCAAGAUUAUUGGAAACCUUGAAGAAGAAUUUUUGAGGACAAGGAAGAAAGUUAGCAUAGGAGUCAUAUCUCCGUAUAAUGCUCAGGUGUAUGAAAUCCAAGAAAAAAUAAAGUUAAACAAUUCUGUUUCUGAUCCAGACUUUUCUGUUAGUGUACGUUCUGUUGAUGGAUUUCAAGGUGGCGAAGAAGAUAUAAUAAUUAUCUCCACAGUGAGAUCUAAUGGUGAUGCAAAAGUGGGUUUUCUUUCCAAUAGGCAGAGAGCGAACGUGGCACUGACCCGGGCUAGACAUUGCCUUUGGAUAUUAGGGAAUGAAACAACUUUAGAAAAUAGUGACUCUGUAUGGAAAGAACUAGUCCUUGAUGCCAAGGAAAGAGGGUGUUUCCAUAAUGCCGAUGAGGACAAGAAACUGGCUGAGGCUAUUGAGGAUGCCUUGCUUGAGAUUGAACUAUUUGACGAACCUGAAUCGCCAUUUAAGAAACUUAGUCUACAGGACAGAUCAGAAAGAUUUGCUACCACCACCAGCAGAGGUUCACUGUAUACCAGAGGUUUCUCCAGGGGCAGGGGCAGGCCGCCACCUCGGAGAUCGAGGUGGUAAGGAAUGGAGUUAUAUGGAUUGCACCUGGACCGGGUGAACAGUACAGAUUUAAAUACUUUGACUGAAUAUGGUGCACCAUGUACCAUUUUAAAUCAACAUUAUCCAAUAUAAUGUUGCUAAAUCAAAGGAUUUGAAACAGCUUACUGUGAUGAUAUGAAACCUCGGUAUUGCAAGGUCGACAGGAUGUGACUCAGUGCCAAUCCCAUGGACAUGGGUAACACACAGUUGUGUUGCUUCCUUUAUAACGGAGACCUCUAGAGCUUAAAAUACCAGUCAGAGUCUCGGAGACUGUAUGAUGAAACAUUAAAAAAAAACAAGGACGGACUAUUAAUCUACAAUUCUACAUGACUGGACAUGAAUUCAGAUCCCUUCAAUGUAGCGGAAAAAUUAUGUAUAUUUUCUACCUACAUAUUUAAUAUAAACUUCAUAUGAAUUCAA